CAUACGUUUUUUGGAGCCCCAAAUUCCCUUUACUUUCCCCAAUUUACACAGGGUGGCGUUUUCAGAAAAUGCCGGAAAAGUGCAAUACCCAUUUCCCCAAAUUUUUCACGAAAUUCUAACUUAAACGUUUUCUUUUUGUUAGCCCUGAUUUCCCCAAAGUUUUUCACGAAACUCUGUAUUUCUUCCCUAAAAUCUAAAAUCCCCAAUUUUUCCAAAUCAUUAAGUUUUCCCCCAAAUCCUUCGCCCCGUGUCAGAAAAACCCAUCUCCUCCGUCGCCUUCUCCCCGUGCAUCGCAACUCAUUCCCUCCAUCGUCUUCGCCCCGUGCAUCGCAACCCAUCUCCUCCAUCGCCUUCGCCCCGUGCAUCUGCUGCAUAGCCGUCCAGUGUCCCCUCUGCUGCUCGAAUAUAUUUGGUAAAUUCAACGAGGUUGUCGAUUCCUCUGAACAAGGCUGACUUCACUUUUAGGAGGGAAAAUGCUGUAGCAUUGAAUUUAUCAAGCUUCUUGAAUUUAUCAGGCUGCAGUGCUAGCAAUGGAUGAUACGGUAUUAGAUGUUGAUCAAGUGGAAAAUAUCAUAAAAUUUUGUCCAACUAAAGAGGAAAUGGAACUUCUCAAGAACUACACUGGUGACAAGGAAAGUCUAGAGAAGUGUGAACAGGUUUCUGAAUUUAAAAGGAGCUUAAAUACUGUAAAUUCUACAUCUAAUGAGGCUAAGAAGUUAGCAUCACAAUAUAAAAAGGAAGCGGACAAAUGCAAUUCGGGUAUGGAGACGCAUGAAGAAGUAAGGAGAAAGCUGAAGAAGCACUGUCGGCUCAAAUGAAAUUAACAGCAAUGUGGGAAAUAAGAGCUCGUCGAAAGGGUGGAGAGAAAAGGUCGCCAAAUCUAAUGCAUUUCCUUAUUUCAUUUAAGUAACUUCAUUAUAAUGUCUUAUUUUAUUGAUAUUUUUAUAUUUAAUCUAGUUUUUAUUAUUUAUUUUAGUUUUGAUUCUAAAUUUUAUUUUUAUUUUAAUAUUUAAGAAAA